AAGCAGAGUCCGAAUAGAACAUCCGGGUCCCUCUUUUGUUUACUACCGGUGGAAAAUCUAUGGUGGAAGAGGCAAAGUACCUAUUUGAUUACAUUUAGCGCAAUUUUCAAAGUCAUGUUGUCGCGGUCGAUCAGAGCAGAGACCAGAAGUCGUGCAAAGGAAGACAUCAAGCGGGUUAUUAGUGCCAUCGACAAAGUCCGGAAGUGGGAAAAGAAAUGGGUUACUAUCGGAGAUACCACAAUGCGUAUAUUCAAGUGGGUUCCAGUAUCGUCACCAGAGCCGACCCAGCCAUCACUGAUCAAAAAAGGUAUAAAAGGUCAAUCUACAGGACAGAAAGGUGGGAAAAAUGAAAAAGAGGCUGAACGCAACUUCCCCCAGGAAGAAAACUCCAAUUCUUCAGCAGUAGACCAAGAGUCAUGCCAAGGGAAGAGAAGUGAGUCGCAUGCCAAGAAUUCCACCCCAGAAUGCUCUGCUGCAGGCAUGCUUAACGGGAAAAGUAAUCCCGUUAAAGGCUGUAUAGCCUCCAGUGUUUACACUGAUGAGAACACACAGCAGUCCGUACCAGAUUCUAAUUGUAGUGAAGGCUCCGGGACCAUCAAUGAGGACUCAAACCUGUCAUUUGCCGACACACAGAACACCAACCCUCCAUUCUCACAAGAUGCCGAUAAUGACAGUAAUGAGGCAGAUAUGAGAUUAGCUAUGAGUAUGGUUCGAGAUGAGAAAAAAGAAGAAAGUAAUUUAAAGAAAGACAGUGGCGAUUCAAAUUCCUCUACUGCUCCGACAGACCAUGAAUCUGAUGAUCCUCCAGUCAAAAAACCAAAGUCAUCUUCAUCGGAGUCUAGUUGAUAAUUGGAAUCACUAGCAUCCACUGUGUUCAUUUUCCAUACAUCUGAUAUAGCCUCCAUUACACUUGUACUAUGUAUGUGCUUCAAACAUUUUUGGAAGACAGAUUUUCUGCAGUACUGUAUUAGCAAAUAUGUGAGCUUAACUGUGAAUUGUUGACGGAAGAAUUUCAUCUCCUAUGAUGCAGCAGAUAUAUCAUAAUGUUGAAAAUUACUACACACUUUCAUUACUAGUGAUUGGACAAAUACAACUUUGGGUAAAUAUUGAUUUUUAAAAGUGAAACAAGAAAAGAUUACUUGGACAUCACACAUAUUUGGGUUUUCAUUGUUCCAUUGACAUGGUAUAGUUGUCUGCAUGGAUGCACUUUUGAUUUUCUGGUAUGACAUGUACAGUUGUCAAGGUCUUUUGAUUCACUGCAAAUAAUGGUGACUCUCACUGCCUACUAAUAUUAAACUAGCUGGCUAUGGUUUUAUCAACAUUCCUUAACUUACGGAAAUUUCUUAUUUAAACUAAUUCAAAAAUAUCUAUAUGAAAACAUUGGAUUUAAGAGGGAAAUCUUAGGUAAGGAAAUUUCCUUAAAUUCUGUUAUGCUUUCCUGGAAAAAUUUAAGUUAUGGGAUUUCCUUAACUUAAGGAAUUUCAAUGAAACUGGGGCCUGUUAAUGAUUUCAGCAGAAAUGGAUAUUAACAUGCAAAUCAUGAUAACAAUUGUUUGUAUUUUUAUAAAGAGCAGUUGUUUCAGCCAACUGGUAACGUUGUUUAUUGGUAUAUUUGUAGCUGUUGUCGUUACAAGAUCUAUUUUUACACUACAUAUAGACCAUGACUAUUUGAGAUUGUGUGUAAGUGAUGCGGAAAAUGAUAUCUAUUGAAUACUUACAGAUUGAAAUAAACAUGGAAGUUUGUACCUUCAGACACAUUAAAUGUUUUCCUUUAUCAUAUCCAUUUAUCAUUAGGUAUGUCUUAAAUCAUGAUCAUAUCCAUCAUUCUUGAACAAGUAGACAAAACUCUGGUCUAGAUCUAUUGUGUAAUAUUUAAGUAAUUUUCGGUAGUUCAAUAUUUCAUGGCUACUGUAUUUUAUAGAUAACACUAAUGGCCAGGGAGGGUGCUAUUUUCGGUUGAGUGGCUGUAUGUAAAUGUUGUGAUCAGUAUGCGAUGAAUCAUGUGUUGUCUAGACUUCUGCCAUGAUGGCAACAACUAAACUACAAUGAUCAUCAACACUUUGUCUAUAGGUCAGCGUUUUGUAUGAUAUGACGUAUGAAAUAAAAUGUAAAUAAUA